AAUCCAUUUUAUUAACUACAGCGUUGUAAGCCUUACACGGGCAGAGAGAAGAAAACGUUCUCUCUCUUCUCUCUGGCUCUGCUUCUCUUUCCUCACUGAUUCUAAAACUGUUCAGAAGCCGGGGUUUAAUUUCCAUGGGAUUCUGAGUUCUUCGAUCGUGCAUAAAGAUUCGUCUAUCAGAGAUAUCUAUCGUCAGUAUACUCUAAAUGAUGGAUCCCCAUGAUGAGGCUGGAUGCCAAGCUCCUCCAGAAGGUCCUUUCCUGUGCAUCAACAAUUGUGGCUUCUUCGGCAGUGUAGCCACUAAGAACAUGUGCUCCAAGUGUCACAAGGACAUGAUGCUGAAACAAGAUCAUGCUAAGCUUGCUGCUUCAUCUAUUGAAAAUCUUGUCAAUGGAUCAUCUAGUAGCAACAAGGAAAUGCCUGAAAGUGUUGCCAAUGGUGCCAUUUCUCUGGAACCAAAGACUAGUCAAUCACAUGCACUGCCUGCAAUGGGAUCUGUGGAGGGCGAAGAAGAAAAACCCAAGGAGGGACCAAAACGUUGCAACAGUUGCAAGAAGCGUGUUGGGUUAACAGGCUUCAAUUGUCGAUGCGGUAAUGUAUUUUGUGUAGUUCAUCGCUACUCUGACAAACAUGACUGCCCCUUCGAUUACCACAUGGCUGCACAAAAUGCCAUAUCCAAAGCCAACCCCGUUGUCAAGGCUCAGAAGCUCGAUAAGAUCUAGAUUUCUUAGGAGUUUGUGUCCUAAAUUGAUGCUAUCCAGCUGUGAGGUGGUUUCUGAUUUGCUUCAAAUCUAUGUAUCGUCGCUUUAUGUUCAUAUAUAUGCUGAAGAGAUUGCAGUUCCAAUAUAUCUGAAUUCUGAAAAAUCUAUUUGCUUGUGAUUCGUUGUUUGUGCUUUUUUCAAUGGACAUCAUCGUUACCGGUC